AUGGGAAGUCACGUGAUCUCUCAGGCAUGGUUUGCUUUAGGGAUCACCUGCUUGCUCGCAGUCAGCCCCGCCGCCGCCGGAGGCCGCCGUCAAAUCUUGACGGAGGAGACUGUUUUUGACGUUGCCGCAUUCGGAGCUAAACCCGACGGCGUAACAGACAAUUCAAUGGAAUUUAUCAGAGCGUGGAAAGCGGCGUGCACGUGCCCAGGAAAGGCAAAGGUGUUGAUUCCCGCAGGAAACUUCGCCUCCGGCGAAGUAGUGUUCGCCGGACCCUGCACAUCCCCUGCGCCGAUCAUCUUCGAAAUCAAAGGCAACCUGACGGCCGCCCCCGAUCUGAGCAUGUACUCCAACUUCGCCUGGAUCAUGUUCCAGCACGUCGACAACCUCGUCAUCACGGGCGGCGGCACCCUCGACGGCAACGGAAAGAAAGUCUGGCAGUUCGCCGACGGCACCACCCCUCUCCCCGCCUCUCUGAUCCUGGAAACAAUGGGAAACAGCAAAUUGGAGAACCUGAAAUUCGUGGACAGCAUGGGAUUCCACAUAAAGACAACUUCUUGCCACGACAUUGUUAUAACCAAUCUGACCAUUACAGCGCCUGACGACAGCCCGAACACCGACGGGUUCCACGUCAGCAGGAGCACGAACGUGAAGGUAACCGAUUGUCUGAUCGGGACCGGCGACGACUGCGUGUCGAUCGGAGAAGGCAACACGAACGUGACGGUGGCGAGAGUGGCGUGCGGGCCGGGCCACGGGAUCAGCAUCGGCAGCCUGGGGAAGCGGCCCGACGAGAAGAACCUGCGGGGAGUCACCAUAAGUAACUGCUCGCUGACAGGGACAACCAACGGGGCACGAAUCAAGACCUGCCAUGAUUCCCCCAAUUUGAUCGCUUCCGCCAUUGUCUUCGAGGAUAUUGUAAUGACUGACGUCAAGAAUCCCAUCAUCAUCGACCAGAACUACCAUUCCACUCCCAAUUCCAAGGAGUCGACCGUGAAGCUUGUGGAUGUCCAUUUUAGGAAGAUAAGGGGAAGUACGAUUUCAGAAGUUGGGGUUUGGUUGAAUUGCAGUAUGGCAAACCCUUGUGAGGGUGUUGAAUUGGCAGACAUUGAUUUGGUGCCCAGUGGAUUUCUGGGGCCUGUUGGAUUUGCUUGCACCAAUGCAAUGGCAACAAUGGCAGGAAUAUUCAAUCCAUUAGGCCCUCGUCAAUGUAUUGCUUGAUUAAUUCAAUAUCUAUUUUUGUACAUUCAUUCAUUUUCAAGAAACCCUGA